UUCCGUUGAGUCUGAGAGGGCUCUCACUUAAAGAUGGUUUGACUGAGGAAAGUAACCAAGAUGAAGGAGCGGGUCUACUGUACUACCGAAGGAAACCAAGCAAUAGCGAAGUGACGUUUAUUUACUUCUUGUCUAAACACAAGCGGACGACACUCCCAGGAGCUUUGCUGAUAGCAUGCCAGUGGAGGUGACACCUCUUCAGAUGCAGGAACAUGUUGGCUAUGGACCAAGGAGUGGUGGAGGAAUGGCUGUCAGAAUAUAAGACCUUGCCUGACAGUGCUGUGUCAGCCUAUGCUGCAUCACUUAAAGACAAAGGUGCCCUUGUCCCUGCACUCUACAAGGUCAUCCGGGAGAACUACAGUGAACUGCUGGAGCCAGUGUGUCACCAGUUGUUUGAGUUUUAUCGGAGCGGUGAGCCACAGCUGCAGCGUUUCACUCUUCAGUUCCUUCCGGAGCUCCUGUGGAGCCUUCUGUCUGUCAGCGCAGCCAGGGACCCACACACCUCAGGCUGCAUUGAGGCCCUGCUGCUGGGCAUUUACAACCUGGAAAUAGUUGAUAAAGAUGGGCAGAGUAAAGUAUUAUCCUUCACUGUUCCUUCCCUCUCCAAGCCCUCAGUGUACCACGAGCCAUCCACCAUCGGUUCCAUGGCGCUGACAGAAGGGGCUCUCGCCACUCAUGGGCUGAGCAGGGUGGUGUACAGUGGGCCACUCCUUCAGAGAGAAAACUUUACUGCACAAAACAGAUUUGAGGUGCUGUCCUUCCUGUUACUGUGCUACAACUCUGCUCUCAGCUACAUGAGCUCCACUUCCCUCCAGUCCCUCUGCCAGAUCAGCUCCAGACUGUGUAUAUGUGGUUACCCACGACAACAGAUACGGCGCUAUAAAGGUAUUAGCACACGGAUGGCGGUUACAUCGGAGUUCUUGGUUCAGCUCCUCACCGGGAUACAUUAUGCAUUGUGUAACGGGGAAGCGGAAUUUGGAUCCAAAGCCCUGGACGAUGUCCUGUAUCGGGCCCAGCUGGAGUUGUUCCCCGAAGCACUGUUGGUGGGUAAUGCCAUCAAGUCGACGCAGCAGGGCGCCGCUCUGAAAAGCAACAACAAGGAGGGUGCACGUAGUAUCCAGGUGGAGAUUACACCCACUGCCUCCAGGAUCUCUCGAAAUGCUGUCACUUCCCUCUCUAUAAGGGGGCACCGCUGGAAAAGACACGACGCAGUGGAUCUGGGUUCCCCGGAUGAGCUGAUUGAUAUUGCGGAGGCGGAUGAAGGCCUGUGGCCGGGCAGGGGGGCGCCUGACACGAACCCGCCCACCAUCACGAUCAGCAACAGCGUGACCACAUUAAACCUGGGCGCUAAGGCCAUGAAGAAGUGUCGUCUCGGCGGGCGCGGCAGCAAGGACAAAGAGGUGAGCCCGCUUUCGACUGGUCGGACCGCUAGCGAGAGCGCAGAGGUGUCCGUCAAGCGCCUCACGCUCACGUCGAGCCAAUCUGUGCCGAAAGCGGGAGCUCUCACCAGCCUGACGCGCACCGCCAGCGCCGUGUUCUCCCGUUCGUUUGAGCAGGUAGCCGCCGUUACCGCCCCACCCUCCGACAACCACACUGCCUCGGAAGCUGGCCGUUAUUCAUGCGGCCUGCAGGAGGAAGGGACGGGCUAUUUAAAUCCGGGGGCCAACCACACGCAUCGUUCACCUAGCGUCAGCGUGCACCUCAGCUCGGACCUUUGAAAUGUUUUCAUGAUGAACCUUCGAUCUGAUCCUGUGAUUCUGCACCUGGAAGUGUAAGCCAUGCCAACCGCAAGGGACCACAAACGUUUAGAUUUUUUUUUUUAAUAAUUCUGUCUGUCUCUCGCGCUCUGUAAUGCUCUAUACUGUGGCGUUGUUCUUUCUCUGUGCCGUAAAGCAGCCACAGGAGGGAGAUGAGAAGUCACCUUGCAGCUUUCUUUGACUCCUUAGUUAGUUGUACACCGUUGCCAUGUCAGGAACAAAUUGCAACCUGUUGACAAUACAGUAGGUACAUUUUAAAGCUCAUCACUAAACACGGCGUGCAAAAAUGUUUGGAAAUAAUUUUUAAGCGACGUUGCCUUUGCAUGCCUUUUCCAUACGUUUACCUUCCCUCCAGUCUGUGAGGGUAGAUGAAGUGCGUGUGUGUGUGUGCGCGCCCGCCCGCGUAUUGGUGGGUGUGAGUAUGUGUGCACAGUCUGUAAUUUAUUUUUUUUAUGAUUUAUUUUUAGCAUAAAAGCUGCUGAUUCAAAAAGAAAAUAUUUCUCCUACUUUUUAAAAGCUUGCUCCUUCCCCAUAGCAAUAUAAAUCUUACCUUCAGUGUUUGGACAAAUAUUUAAACUUAAACGUUGUAGUCUGUUUGCACUUUGGUCCAGUCACAGAUUUGUUUCUUGAUAAAAUCCACAUUCUUCCCAAACAAGUAUGAAAAGAAGGGGGGGGGGGAAUCAAAUCUAUUUUUAGUUUACAAUCACACAGUAUUGUCGUUAUGAUGAGCAAUAACUCCCUCGAUCAAAAUAAAACCGAUUAAAACCUCUAAUUACAAAGAACUUGUGAGAGGGCUAUAAAGUAUUGUUUUGCACUCGACAGGCUAAUUACAUAUAGUAUGUUUACAAAUGAGUAACUUGCAAACACUGAUCCAAAAAGAAGGUAUGUAUAUAUAUAUAUAUACAUAUAUAUAUUUAUUUUUUUUCCUGUGAGAAAAGAUAUGGAUUAUCUAAUCUAGGCGCCAUGCCAGGUAUUUCAGCAAUCUGCUUUCUACGGCCCACCUUCAACCCAUCUAUUUCACGCGUCACCCCACAAACACUAACACCACCUCCACUCUGUAAACUGCCGUCUGUGUGAAAUUAACUGUUUGAUGUACAGAAUUUGGUUGGACAAUCAUUGUGUUUCAGUAUGUCUGUUUACAGUUUGUGACUGAUUCUGCUUUUGUUGUACGUCAUACUGUUGUUCUAAAGAUGUUUUUAUUGGCCUUUUUAUAUGUCUGAGGAUGUGCAGCUCAGUGCUUCUGGAAAUAAAAUGUUUCUUUUGACUCAAA